AUGCAUGGGCAUCUUCGUGCGCAGGGCUGGCUGCUGCCGACGGUUCUGCUUCAGGGAGCCAAGCUAGACCAGUUCGCGGCAGCUGCACGCGGGUUCCGCUACCGCCUCACGGUGCGACACAACGCGGCUUCCGAGCUGCAGAACGGCGCUCACCAGGUUCUUCAGAGCUCGCCGCCAGUACCGGACAUCCCCGGCGGCCUUUCUGGUCCCCGUGCGGUGUCUCUUGCUGAAGCGGCGUCGGAAGAAUUUUUCCCGCCUCAGCGAAAAGGACAACCCGCCUGUUCCCGGAGCAAAAUACCCAGCGGGAGAGGCACAGCAAAGGGAGGAAUGGAGGAGGGAGGCGUCAAAAAAGCCAUGGCGGACAAGGAGUUUCUGUCCCCCCAGAGCCCAUCAGCUGUCCAGGCAGGCCUCGUGGAGUCGGGCUGUGCGUUUGGCAAGGAGGUGGCGACGCCAAGUUCCACUUCGACGUCUGCACUGGACAGUAGCUCGCAUCCGCGUUCGCCCACCAGCUCUCUAGCUCAGAGUCCGAAACAGCCGCCUCACGCAUUCGUGUGCUCGCUUUCGUCUUCGAAAGGCACAGAUGGAGCCGAGUUCUCGUUCUCGGUUGCGGGUGUGACUGCAUUUUCCACAGCGCCGUCACGCUGCUUCUCAUCCGGGGGCGGCUCACCGCCCUUCUCCUUCUCCCCGUCUGCGUCCUCGCUCGGGGAGGUGGCUGGCGUGUCUGCAGACCUCGUUCUUCCGAGUCGGAAGCAGGCGGAUCCUUUCGAGGAGUGCAACAGCUUUCUGCGCGGUUCAACAGACCGGCCUAGCCCUCCCGAGGCGUUGGCGUGCGCAGGCAACUCUGGGGCGCCGAAUGGCGCACGGUCUUCUGGCUCACCUGAGGCCUGCGUGCGGAAAUGCCCAGGGGGAGUGGAUGCCGAAGGCGCGGUGGAAGCUGGGUGCGGCGCUGGGGCUCCCGGAUCUAGGCAGAGACGAGACGAAGAAGCAACGUUGAGUCCCUCCAGCGGCCAGAACAGCGUAGAGGCGACAAGCGCCCCUUUUGAAGGCGUUCCUGAGCAGCCCUCCAAAAGCGUUUGGCAGCUCACGCAGGAGCUGAUGGAGCGGUUCGCGCACCUGGAGGCACGAGGGCGGGAAGACGCAGCGAGCAGAUCAGGAGGAGGCGUCGCGGAAGACACGCGCUGGGAAGCCGCCUCACUUUCGAUGGACAAGGCUCGACACAGAUCUGCGUCGGGACUAGGCCUGCAAAGCAGCGUGCAGUCCGACAAGGCAGAGCCGUUGCACCCUUCCCACGUGCAAGACUCGAGGUUUCUGAGUCUGCUGAAGCAGAUUCAGCAGUGCCUGAGGAUGUCUUCGCCAAGUGGGGCCCCUGCAGGAGGGCAUUACACGAGUGCGAUGGAGGAGUGGACCAGCGACACGCCGUUCAAGGCAGUCGAGGCACCGUCCGCAGGGUGCGACGCUACGACACCCGAACGAAAAAUGAAGCAGUCUGCUGUGGAGGAAAGCCGCAUGCAAAAGGAAGCUAUGCUUGCGAAGGAACAGCAAGGGCGCCAACUCCGGAUAGCGACUAAGCAUGAUGCUAUCUGGCAUCUUUCCGACUUGGUGCAAGUGGCAGCCAACACGGGCACCGCGAAGGCUUCAAAGCUUGGGCCUACAGAAGAUGCAGAGCGAGGCGAAUCAGAACUAGCGCCUCCUCUGAAAGGAAACCGCCCCCAUAUAGACGCGUUCGCCGCCGACACGAGGCAUAAAGAUGGUGUCGCACAAACCCCAGGAGUUGCCGUCGGAAGCGAGAGUCCCUCAGAUUCCCAAGAUGAUGACUUCGACUGGUAUACGCACACAAUGGCAAAGCAGAGAAGACGAAAGAGCAGCACAAGCUGCUCAGAGGGGAGCCGUCAAUAUGGCGAGAACGGUAGUUUUUCGUUUGAGAAAAACCAUCUGAAGGGACACUCAGCCGACUUGGGGCCCAACAUGGAAACAACCGAGCAACUGUUCUUCACACCCACGAGAUCCGUGGGAUGCCGCACAGGCGAGUCAUGCGUGGCGUCUGCUCAUGGAGAGGAACGAGACAGUGCCGGAAUCGUGCCUAAAAGCGCUCCUGCGGCGUUUUCAGCUGACGAAGACCGUGCAGAUGACAAGACACCUAUUCGUGACAUAAUCCGCACAUUUUUGUCAAGGCACUUCACAGAAGGGUCUGCUUCGACGCCUUCCUCUUCUGUAUCACGGCACAGCAGCCCAGCGGCGUCACUUCCACCGCUCCCAGCCUCGCCGCUGCUCUCCUCCGCCGGGGAUAUCCUGAUGGCUGACAUGGAACUCUCUCUUUCAACUGGGCGUCUGGCGAGUCCCACGCAAUGCGGGAAGGCCUCAGAGGAGAAGCGUUCUGCGGCCGUAGCUCGCCAGCCGGCAUCUCGCAGCGUAGCUGCCGAUGGCUGUUCUGGCUAUGCCUCGUUCUCGCCUGCCCUGUCGGCUGCCGAGUCUGCAAUGGAAAUUGCCUCAGGUCAAGCACAGCAACCCAGUGGGAUGCUCCCUGCCUCCGGUGAUAAUGUUCGCGGCGUUCGACGAGAAGCAAAACACCCUAAAGGGUUGUUGGACGCUUUGGAUUUGCCUGCGAAGGAACCUUGCAGAGACGAGCGUGACUCCUCCCCGCCGUCGGUCUCUCUCCUACUUUCAUUCCUCCUCACCGCGAGGGCCGAGAAACACCAAGAGGAACAAAGAAUGUUUCUUGCGGGUCUGCAGACCGCGUGCGCCGUUUUGCGUGGAAGAGAGGCCAGUGCGGCUAGUGACGCGUCUGGGCCUUCUUCCUGGCUUCCUGCCAUCAUGGCGAAUGUGACUUCGCGUCCCGACGGGAAGCUGGAAAAGUCUGCGGCACCCGCAUCACGCUGCUCACAGCGUAGCGUACUCUGCCAGGGCUCUACUCUUGCCCCUUGCGAGACUAGGAGAGGUUCCCGCUCUCCAGCGCGCGAGUCAGCCAUCCCGCGGCCACCUACCAAGCUCCUUUCCAGACCAGAUCGAUUUUUAACAACACCAGCGCUUGUACUCACGGGCUCAGACGCGCCGGUAGAGGCAGGAGCGGCCUAUCCUCUUCCGGCGAUUUCUGGCUUAUCGGGUGAAAGCAAGGGUUUGGCGCCAUCUACGCCGGAGAGGCAGAAAGAGUCACGAGGGUCUCGCCGUUCUUCUGUGUCCGCGUGCGAAGACGACGCGCGUAGAUCUCGUGGUGACAGUUCUUCUUCUGAGCGGGUCCCCAGUCCUUUCUCGCAGCCUAGUGAGAAGGAGGGCAGCCCGAAUUCUCUGUAUGCACAGCGCCGCGUAUCAGGCAGUCCUUUCACGAAGUACGAAGGACGUGCUAGUGAAAGAGUCGCAGGCACAGGAAUCUCAAGUGUCUGUCGUCGAAGGCGAGACAGCAACACAGACAGCCACACAGAGAGCGCGCUCCUUCCCUCUUCGGCGGAAAUAAGUCUGACCCGAAAACGAAGGCAAGACUUUGCAGAGGCGACUCAGAUAGGCGAACUCUACAACACAAACGCCAAGCGCAAAGCUCUGUUGAGCAGCGCAAAGAUGUCAGCCAGGUCGGAGGUCGGCGUAGCCGAGCCGAGGACAUUGCUGACAACAGCCUGCUUUGCGGGGCAUCCGCAGGGCCUCGAUGAGCUGUCUGCUCUGUUUCAAUGUGGCGUGCCUCAAAAGGUCAUGGAGGGGAUAGACGCCCGUGUUGGAACGAAAUCCGCGUUCGUGAGCGAGGGUCGGCCUUCAGAAGGUGUCAUUUCCUCUGGCGCGAAGCAGACUGAAAUCUCACAGUUCCCGGUGAAAAAUGCUGAAACCAACGUACGCCUGUGGCGUUUCCCGGCCGCUGCGGGUUUUGCUUCGAAGGAUACGGCGGCAAUGUGGGCUCAAGGCAACCGACGAGAGAGAGUUUCACCGUCUGGUCUCGAGACUCACAUUCCAACAGAACGGGGCUUCACGGAGAGUGGCAAGACGCAGACGGCGUCUGGGACUGGCGAGAAGCGCGGACAUCGCCCUACCGCGAAGAAAGAACGGUCAGAAGGCCGUGUGUAUGCGUGCCCUUUGUGUCACGGAUCGUUUAGCCGGAACUACAACCUGCACCACCACAUGCGAGCGGUCCAUGAGGGAGCAAAGCCUUUCGUGUGCCCUAUAUGCCAGAAAACGUUCAGCUACAAACGCGGCAACCUGGAACAGCAUAUUCAAGCAGUUCACCGAGGCCAAAAGCCGUUCCAGUGCAAAAUCUGCAACAGGACGUUCAGCCAGAAAGGAAACUUGAGUCAACACAUCCAGGCGGUCCAUGCGGGGAAUCGUCCAUUUCAGUGUCCUCAGUGCGCGCGAGCCUUCAGCCGCAAAAGCCAUCUUCAUCGGCAUGUCACAUCUCUCAAGCACUUUGGUCCUGGGAGUCCUGUUGCAACGGAAGAGUCUUCCCAGGACACUGCUGCGGCCGUACAUUUUGAGUCGGCCGCUGCGGCUCGAGUCGUCGACUCUGCUAUCUGA